AGGUGCGUCAGGCGACGACGAUGGCGGUGCAACAAAAACGAAGAGGGCUCUCGUUUAUUGAUGCAAAAGCGAGUAACGUCAAAAAGAUUGCGGUGAUGGCGAGUACAGUGGCAUUUGAAUUCAAUAAAGCAACUCUCAGAUUACGGAGAAGUCUACACAUUUCACCAAGAAGUUCUCCAGAAGUACAACGGAAAGCCACCGCCGGUGAAAACUCGGAAGUUGGCUCACCAGAAAGCUCAUUAAGCACAUCCCGAUGCUCUAAACGAGACCGUAAACUAUGUGCCGAACUCUCCUCAUUUGCACUUUAUCCGAUUUUCGGCGCGCUCUCUCCGUCACACUUCUCAUCGCCAAAUCUUUUGUUUCAGAGUGAGAAAAAUUCGUCUAGACGAUCAUUUGAAUUUAUGCAAUUACCGGAUACCGAUAUUUGUCAAAUAAUGUCCUUUUUAGAUGCCCAGUCACUAUUGAACUUAUCACAAACAUGCAGUCAUCUACGACAAUUAUGUCUGGCACACGAGGAUAAUGCUGGAAAACGAGAUGUGACAUCUCACGAAAUAACCAUAUCAUUUAAUCAAAUUCAUCGUCGAACCGAAGUACGUCUUUUGAAACGAGAAAGAACACGUACUGAUCGUCAAUUCAUUAGUAACAAUAUUCGAGGAGUUCUGGCACCUUUCUCAAGAGCUUUGACAAAGAUAACAUUCGAAACUACAGUAUUCGUCACUGAUUGGCUUGAUGAAAUUCUUCAAUUACAUCGUGAGAACCGAUUGAUUCCAUUGAGCCUUCUGUUCACUGGUGGUGCUCUGACGAAAGGUCAUCAAGUCACUGGAGCCGAUCUACGAUCUAUUACGGAGACGGAAUUUGUGGAUUUUGUCACGAAACUUCAGCCACAUUUGCAAGAAGUUCAGUUGAGCACUUCAAGAAUCUUCAAAAUCAGCACAGAUCCAUCUCAACUUCUUGGAAUGAUUUCAAUGUUAUCAAGCUUUGGAAUUGUCUACGAACGACCACCGCUUCACUUUUAUCAUGAAGAAAUUUCAAAUGCAAUAGCGUUGUGGAAAUCAGAUCCUCUGUCCAGAUGCUGUGAUGUAUACAUGCGUCGACCACACGAUGUCUCUUCAGAAUCUUGGAUUAAACUUGCCGGUUCAAUCGAUGAGAGCCGUAUUGAUCCGUAUACAGACGAGGUGCUCGUUUCACAAAUAACAAUUAAACAUUCAUUUCUUGUACAUAUCGACUUAGUCUUUCAUUUUCACUGAUCAUCGGAACUUAUCACUUUCUAUCAUAUUGAUCUCGAUCUGCUUGUAAAAAUAAUAUAUUAUUGCAUCUCACGGAUGAAUAUUUUAUGUACUUUCUGUAAAUAAAUUAUUUCAACUUUGAAA